UCCGCAAAAAUGACCAGUAAAAAGAUGAAAGUUGAAGCAGAGGAUGACGAGGAUCGCCGGAUGGACACGAAAAGUGGAAGCGAGGAUUCCAGCGACGAAGAAAACGAUGAAGCGUACGAGGGUGAUGAAGGGAUCACCGUAGACUUUGAAGGGAGAAACCCUAUCGAUACGGAUCUGGAUGGCAUUAAACAAAUGCUGGGACAGCUCUUCGUGAAGGCGCAUAUCGAUCUCACCGAAAUGGCGGGAGUUAUCGUAGCGCAAAAUUACGUCGGUAGUGUGCUAAAGCAAGCAUACAAUGAUGCAGAUGACGACGAUGAAGACGAAGAUACCGAUAUGGGUGAUCCUUGUCAGGUGGUGUUUGGCAUAACGACGGUAAUCAACCUAGCGAACAAGCAGGAACUUCCAUCGGUUCGCCAGCUGAAGAAAAUGAUUUUCGAGAAGGCGGAAAAAUACGCCACAGAGCUGGCCAUCCAGCAAUUCCGCGAAGCUCUCGAGAGCGGCACCAAAACCACGGGACUGUUACUGAACGAGCGCUUUAUCAACAUUCCCGCUGCCGUUUCUGUACCGAUGUGUGAGAAUCUUCUCUCCGAAAUGGAGCGUGCCCGCACGAAGGGCAUGCCGUACACCUUCGACUACUACUUGAUGUUCGUGAAAUACUAUCAGCAAGCGGCCGCCGUUGAUAAAGCCGCUGAAGUAAUUUACACCAACGAUGAGGAGGAGUACUUUAUCAAGGAUUCGUGUGCGAGCUUUGACUAUUCCGUUCAAAAAGAGACUACCACCGCCCUUGCCGGGCAAUGGCAGAAAAAGGACGAAGAGCUGCAACCAUUCCGCAAGGUGCUGCUGAUCGAGGCAAGCAAACUACCCGGCAUUGUUGCUACUAUCAAGAAUCUGGUGUCUUCGGUCGCUAACAAAUAAGACAGUAGACACAUGUGCAUUUUCAUUUCCCAACGCGUGAGUGUGCUCUAUUCUUUGCUAUACUAUUGCGCUGUAUAACAAAAUAAACGAA